AUGAAAAAAUCACCAUUGUUUAUAUAUACAACUAGAAUGGGUUCAUAUUAUCACUUAACCCCAUUUAAUUAAUAAGCUCUGAAUUUGGAUACAUGUUUAUUAAGUGCAGGGGAUUUCAUUCAAAUGGAAAAUACAUUAAAAAAACUUUAAUCAGAAACAAAUAUUAGUUUUAGAUAAUAUAUUAAUUAAGAAGGUAAAAUCUUAUAUAUGACUUCAAUUGAUUCUUAUAAAAUGAAAUGUGUUGAAGGAUUAUCAAAUCUAGAUGGAGUAAAAAUAACUUCAUUAGAAGGAAAAAAAAUAUUUACAAAUUAAUAAUACAAUAAUUUAGCUAGAUUAAUAAAUCCAGAGAUAUUGGUCUCAUUGACUGAAUUACCAGAAAUCUAGGCAGGUAAUAAGUCUUUAAAAAGAUCUUCUUAAAAAUCAGCACGAUUCUUAAAAGAAAGUUUAGAUUAAUUGAAAGAUACAAACAUUGGUAUAUUUGGAGCAAUUUAAGGAGGUUUAGAAACUGAUUUUAAAAUUAUGGCAGCAGAAGAAUAAAAAUUUGCAGUUGACUAUCCUAAUUUUAGAGGUUUUACUCUCUAUGGAUUUAAUUAAGGAUCUAAUUGGUAAUAAAAAGAAGAUGCUUUAUCUGUAGUCUAAUCAGUAUUUGAUGGUUAUAAUUUAUAAUACAUUUUGGCUGGUUAUGGAGAUAUAAUAUCUAUUUUAUGGGGUUUUAGUUUGGGAAUCGAUGGCUUUGAAGUUGAAGAGCCUUUUCGAUAUGCUUCUGAUCUUAAAGCACUUUUACCACCAAAGUUUGAUGCUAAGAAAGAUGAGCUUGAAUAAUUUUCUGGUGAUCAAAUUAACUUUUAUGAACUCUAAGAUAAAAAAAUAGGUUACAUGAAUUUUCCUAUUAAUUCUGAUGUUAAAGAUAAUGUACAUUUAUUCAUUUAUUAAAGGUUCCUCUCAUUUCUGAUUGUAAAUGUUUUGCAUGUUAAAAUCAUACAAAAUUAUAUAUCUCUCAUCUUGUAGAAUGCAAAGAGAUGAAUGCUUAAGUAUUAUUAACAAUACACAACACUUAUUAAUAUUAAUUACUUCAGUCAAAAUUGUAGGAAAUGUAAAAUUAAAAAUAAGUAAAUUAAUGGAUAAGAUGGUUUUUAUAAUAACUGUGA